AUGAGACAGUUCAAGUCAUUUAGCACCACGGAGCAGUCGAGUUUACCACAGGGUCAUAAGGGACCUAGCUACAGCGAAAUAUAUGCAGAGCCUGAAAAUUUCCUAGAGAUUGAAGUAGUGAAUCCGAAGACCCAUUUUCCUAACAGCGCCAGUUCAAACAAGAUGUUUACCGAUUAUGAAAUAAUAUGCCGUACGAACCUACCUAGCUUCAACAAGAGAUUCUCGAAAGUGAGAAGAAGAUAUUCAGAUUUUGAAUUCUUCCGUAAAUGCCUAACGAAGGAAUUGUCCAUGUACGCAAACCAUCCUAGAGUGGUUAUUCCUCAUUUACCGGGCAAAAUAAUUUUAAGUAACAGGUUUAAUCAGGAUUGCGUCGAGGAGAGAAGACAAGGACUGAACAAAUGGAUUCAAUCGGUUGCAGGCCAUCCCCUGCUUCAGUCAGGUUCGAAGACUCUCGUCAGAUUUAUCGAGGAAGAAACGUUCAUUGGGUGA